UGGUGGUGUUUUUGUUUUUCCAGGCGGGCUCUUUGUAAAACGUCGGAAAAUGCAACCUUUACAGCAGAACUGCCAACCCGUCAGGCCGUUCAAGCAAAGGAAAAGUUUUGCCACCCGAGUGGAAGAAGUAGCAGGCAUUCGUGAGAAGUUCCCGACAAAAGUUCCAGUAAUUGUUGAAAGAUAUCAGAAAGAAAAGUACCUCCCCCUGUUGGACAAAACAAAGUUUCUUGUGCCACAAGAGUUAACUAUGACACAGUUUAUAACCAUCAUUAGAAGCAGAAUGGCAUUGAGUGCCACCCAAGCUUUCUACCUGCUGAUAAACAACAAGAGUUUAGCCAGUAUGUCUUUCACUUUGGCUGAAGUAUACCGAGACUACAAAGAUGAAGAUGGCUUUGUAUACAUGACAUAUGCUUCCCAGGAGAUGUUUGGAGAUCUCAUAACUACUUCCAAAGUAAAAUGUAAGGCAUAUCUCCUAAAAAGAUAAGUCUUCUCUUGGUGACAAUGUGGCUGAACAGCGAGCUGUACAUCAUUCAGAUUACUUGAAGAUGAAAGUUGCUCUGUCUAACGUGGGCUCUUCUCCAAAAUUAAUGGCCCAGGAGUUGACAGGACCUAACUAAAGAACUCAGGAGUGGGAUAAAUGAUCCCAAACAAAUGACAUGGAUACAUAGUUUCAUAAUUUGGCUCCUUGCCAGCCAAAGAAGUUAGUAGUAAUACGCUUCAGUGUUACCCUUAAAUCGGGUAUCUGCUUUAAAAAUGGUUACCGUAAUUGGAGAUGAGUGAAAAUGAUGAAAUUUUAUAACCAAGUUAAAUGACCUGGACACAAAUUGUCUGCUUAACAGAGAAUAACAUGUGCAUUAGAGAGUAGCACGCUGUCAUAGUUAGCUGAACAUUGCAAGGCUGAGCCAGCGUUGGCUUUUAUAUUGUCUGCUUUUAUCAAAGCCAUUUGCUUUCUUCCUCCAAGAGGAAUAUUGCUGAUGAGGUAUGGUGGCACUAUAGAUUUUACAGGACAACGUCUUUCCACAGACUAGAAGUCGCUCCCUUUACUGAAUUGUGACAACUACACAGAAGCGGCUUGUAAAAAUGAGACUAAUAGGGUGGAAUAUAAUGGACUCUAAUGCUGGGAAAGGUGGAAGGAAAGAGGGCAACCUGCAGCAAGGUAGAUAGACUCAGUUACCGUAACAAUGAGCGUACCAUCAGAGUUCCUGAGGGACCAGGUUAAGAACAGAUUAUCAUAAAGAAAAUCUGUAUGGUCACCAAGAGUUGACAACAACUUGAUGGCAUGUAAUCAUCAGUCCUUCAGAGAACUUUAUUGCAUGCACACAUUCCUUAGAUAUCAAUAGCUGAAAAUUAGUAAGUGAGUUGUGUUGGGGGUAGGGGUGACUGUGUGUCAAGUAAUGCAAGAACACAGCUGCUUAAAUAGGAACGCAAAUUCCUAUAUGGCAUCUCACAAUUAUUUAGCUUGUAUGUGACUAACUCCGCUCUGGUGCUGAGGCAGCAACUCCAGAAGCUAGAACAGUAGCUUUAUCACAAGGCUGUGUUCUUGCCUUUUGAACUCUGCUCUGAGCUUUAACUUUGAUUGAAGAUAAGAUUAUAGUAUAAAGAUGAGCUGUGUGGGUGAAUAUGCAUGUGUAAUUGUGUAUGUAUGUGUGUGCUAUAGAGUCUUACGUUUCAUUUCAUAAGUGCACCAGGAUUACAAGCUACUUAGUCUAAAGCCAGCUAAUAAAAUCAUGCCUUUGAGACUCUUGUAUCAAUGCCAUACUUAAGAUAAUUCUAUCUCAGUAGAAUUGACUUAAGGUUGCCUUCAAAUUAAAAUCCUGCUGGUACCUCUCACUGUCCAGAUGACUUAGAAAUCUUGGAGAGUUUUGGAAGGAACACACAGCAGAGUUGCUGGUAUUCAAAUCAAAGAAUACUGUGAGUUUUACCUGCAACAUAGACAGGAAGACUGAGAUAUAUUUCAUGUCCAAAAUAGUGAUUUUGAGGAGUCAUUUGUUGUAAUGUGAAGAGAAAUGUUGAUCUGGUAAGACACAAAGCUUUAUUUGAUGGACAAAUCCUAGCUCACAUGUAAAGAAACCCAGGCCCCCCCAACUUCUGGUCCCUGGACUGGCACCAGGGCUGUGCAAACAAGCAAAGUCCCAUCUGCGGGAUGCAGGCAGCACACCAAACCAUGCUCCCUCCGGUCCGUGGAAAAACCUCUCUCCACAGAACCGGUCCCUAGUACCCCAAAAGUUGGGUGCUGCUGCCCUAAUCUAAUUUAAGAAUAUUUUUUAUCCAGUUAUAUUUGAUACUUUUUUAUGAAGUGAAAAUGAAUCUAUACCUAUUGAAAAAAAUUAGAGCGAUAACUCACACAAUCAGGUUUUUUAAAAAAACUAUCUAUCCUUUAAAAUUGUGUUUCUGUGGAUAUCCUGUAUAUAUGAGUAGUGCAACAAUUUCUUGUGCAUUUCUAAAAAUGGCAUGCUUUUCUGCUUUAACAAGAUGACACAGUUUCAUUAAAGUAAAUGCUUUUCUCUAGUCCAUAUUUAUGGCUGCGCCUGCAGGAGGGGUGCACGUUUUAAUAUGUAUUUUGUUAAAUGCCUUUUGCUAUUUUGUGACACAAACUGCUUUUUGAUCAACUAAGGGAGCGUUUAGCCAUUAUGGCAUUUAAGACAAUAUCUGUUUGGCAAGACCAACAUUUAAUAUUAAUAGAAUUACUGCAAGAAUGUCUGUAAAAUAUGAUGCCUCAGAGUAGCUGAAACAUAAUUUCUCCUGAAGGGACUUCUCACUUGCAACAAUUUGUAGCUUGUUUUUCUUUCUUCUUUUUCUCGAAGAGUCAAAUAGUAGGUUCAAGCUAUUAAGUGUACUAUUUUUGGAAUGAUUUGCUCUUCUUUCUUGAGAGU